AUGGACAAUCAAGAAAAAAGUGAAAACAAUGGAGAAGAAUCAAGAAAAGAAGAAAUAAAUGAUGGAAAUAAAAAAGUAACAAACAAACCAAUUACACAAGUCUUAGACGACGCUGGUCCUUCAAGAGUUAUAAACCUUCCUGGGGCUGUUCCACACUGUUUGAAAAACAACACAAGAUUAAAACCGGGAGUAUCAAAAUCAGAGCAUAGUAUACGACAAAUUAUAACAACUAAAGAUGUUGCAAAUGCACUGAGACUUACUUCACUAAGUUAUGCAACAAACCAGACGCAAAUCGCUGAUUUGACAGAACUUAAAAUUCCCAUUCUAGAUAAAAAUGAUACAGAAAAUGACGAUAUAACUUUAGUAGAAUUGAAACGUUUUAUGGCAUCUUGUUUCAAAUUAAAUAAAGACGCGCCUGUUGUAAAUGAAACAUCAAAUUUAAAUGUACACGCGGCAAUAAGUACUAUAACUAAUGAUCUGGUACAGAACAUUCCAGAAGUUAGUCUUACUGCGAAUGAGAGAAACUUUAAUAAAACAAUAGUUAAUAGUACUGAUCAUAAACAACAAGCCGUCGAUAAAAAUAAAAACAAAAACUCGGACAGUUUGUCUGAAAAGUCCGACUUCGGAGUAACACAAAGGGAUUCUCUCUCGAGCAUCGGAUCAAAUGUUUGCAGAAUUUGUAUGACCAGAGGAAAGGAAAGAUUAAUAUCGCCCUGCAACUGCAAGGGUUCCUUGGCAAACGUCCAUCUGUCCUGCCUACAGAGGUGGCUCAAUCAAAUGGGAAGGAACCAUUGUGAGCUCUGCGGCUACAGUUAUCCAGCAAUUCGCACGCCUCGUUACACGGUUCUUCAGGCGUUGCGGCUGUGGUUUUGUAAUCCACGAAAUAGGAGUCAUCUACAGUCGGAUUGUCUAAUUUUUUGGCUGCUCUCAACAGUGACUGCCGGUUUGCUAGCUGUGUGCAUCGUUGGCACACAGUACUUUGUGAUUGAGGGUAACAAUUUUGGUAAGCCCGAUGCUGUUAGAAAGAGCGAAGGUAUAUCUCAUCGUAUAACGGAAACUGCGAUGGAUUUCUUCAUGGCAAUAGUGUUGUGUGGCUAUUCGGUGACAGUUUACUUCUUAUGGAAAGACCACUACGUUAUGUGGAAUCGUUGGCGGAGGGCAAACGUCAACGUUCAACUGUUACUAACCCCUGAUUCAAACCCUGUACCAUUUCUUCCGAGGACUAGAUAUAAUGUUGUUUGAAUAAAUAUUUUUUUUCGUUUUA